CUGACUUUUUCAGAUGUCAGAGGCAGCAGCAGCAACCGCCGCUGAGGUGACAGUCGGACUUCCACAAAGAAAGAAGGCUGCCGUGCUCGUUUCGUUGCACUUUGUGGACGUGGGAGCUGGGCCGCUCUUGACCUUCCCGCUUCUCACUCAGGGAAAACUGCGGCACUUUGUUAUAUUCAGAGAGGCUGAGGCAAACGCUCUCUGAGGACACCUGCUGUCUGGACCAUGAGGCUCUCCUCUCAGCCGCCCUCCUUUGGGCUGAUAACCUGCUCUUUGGUCUUGAUAUUGCCGCUGUUUGGCUCCUGUCAUCCAGCGCAGCUUUCCGGAAACCCCAGCCUGGUGUUCAUGGAGCAGCUGAGCCACUCAAGUGUCAGAUUCAACUGGAGAAAUGUCACCUGCUACGUCUGCAAAGCUGUCUUCACCAUUGUUGAUGUUGCCCUUCUGAGUGAUGCAAAUGAAGAGCGAGUGGCACAAGCAGUAGGUGAGGCGUGUAUCCGUCUCCAUCUGGCUGAUGAGCAAGUCUGUCGGGAUAUAAUUGAGCUGUUCAGGGAUGACUUCAUAAGGGCCCUGCAGGAGUCAUUUCUGUGGCCCACUGAAGCGUGUGCUAUACUGGUGGGCCCUUCCUGUGGCAAAUUUGAUGUGUAUGCACCUUGGAACAUCACUUUGCCAAAUGUUCCUAAGCCCCCCGUUAAACCACCCUCUCCUCCCAAACCGGGUUCUCCACAGAGCAGAGUACUGUUUCUCACAGACGUCCACUGGGACAGGGAAUAUGACGUCAGCAGUGCUGCAGACUGCAAGGAACCUCUGUGUUGUCGUAACAAUUCAGGCUCUCCAAACUUGAGCAGGAGGAAGGCUGGGCACUGGGGAACUUAUGGAAAGUGUGACCUGCCUCUUUGGACAGUGGAGAACCUUCUGGAAAAUGCUGCCAAAGCUGGGCCAUGGGACUGGGUGUACUGGACUGGAGACAUACCAGCACACAAUGUGUGGUCACAGACCAGGGAGCAGCAGUUGUCAGAGCUUACUGUCAUCUCCAGACUCAUCCACAAACACCUGGGACCUAAUGUGAUGGUUUACCCUGCUGUAGGAAACCACGAGAGCACACCAGUAAACAGCUUCCCUCCACCCUAUAUUCAUGGCAACAGAUCCUCUUCCUGGCUAUAUGACCAAAUGGCAGAGGAAUGGGCCCCGUGGUUGCCAGAUCAGGCAUUGAAGACUUUAAGAUAUGGAGGAUUCUACACAGUGCAGAUUCAGCCUGGUCUGAGGCUGGUUUCUCUCAAUAUGAACUUUUGUGCACGAGAAAACUUUUGGCUGAUGGUGAACUCCACCGAUCCCGGGGAUCAGCUGCAGUGGCUCAUACACAUUCUCCAGGCCAGCGAGGACAAGGGAGAAAAAGUACAUAUCAUUGGUCACAUCCCACCUGGCCUUUGUCUUAGCAGCUGGAGCUGGAACUAUUAUCACAUUGUCAACAGGUAUGAAAGUACAAUCACUGGACAGUUUUUUGGCCAUACGCACCUGGAUGAGUUCCAGAUGUUUUAUGAUGAGGAAACCAUGACCCACCCAUUGGGGGUAGUGUUUAUUGCUCCCAGUGUCACUACCUUUGUUGGCCUUAAUCCAGGAUACCGUGUCUACUAUGUUGAUGGGAACUACCAAGGAAGCUCUCGGCUAGUACUCGACCAUGAAACCUACAUCAUGAACCUUACAGAGGCAAACCACAGUCCAUGGGCACCACAUAGUCCACAAAAGGAUCCUAAAUGGACACUACUGUACCGUGCCACUGAAGCUUAUGGUCUGUCUACUCUGUUCCCAUCCGAUUUUAAUCGGCUGAUUGGGACCUUUAUCAAUGAUGAUCCUGUCUUCCAGAAGUUCUGGUAUUUGAGGUAUAAAGGGCACGUCUCAAAGCCUUGCAAAGAGGUCUGCAAGACCGGUAUACUGUGCUACCUGCGAAGUGGGCGUUAUGAUGACCUGAAGCAGUGCGACUACCUUAAUGGUUUUAAAGGAAGCUUAGCCAGAGCUGCCACAAAAACUCUCUGUUGAUCUGAUGGAGUUUAGCCUGGAAAAGGCAGGGUGAGGGGGAAAAAGCAAUAUGACUAAAUAUGAUACUGAGCCAAAAACAAAUCAUCCUCUGUUGCAGAUGGACAAUGAUUGUUUUUUUGUUUUGU